AUGAAUAAAAUAGAUAUAUUAUUCUUUAAAAUUUUUAGAAAUAAAAUAUUAUUUCAAGAAAUAUUUUCAUAUUUUAAAUAUAAAACAGUUUACAGCUAUGAAAGAUUAAUAGAUGCAAAACAUAUUAUCGAAUCGUUUAGUAAUGGAAAUGAAAUUAUUAAAGAUAAAAUCAAAUCAUCUAGUUUUUUAAUAAAGAGUUCUUUAGAUGCAGUAUAUAAUAAAUUCACUAAAAACAAUCAAGAGAAUAUCAUAUUUUACAACCAACUUUUCAAUAAUUAUUUAACGAUACCAGAGGAAAUUGUGUCAUUUAUCAAAUGUCCAAAUUUAGUAGCAUUGAAAUUAUACAUAAAGAAAUAUAAUAUCGAGAGCAAUGAAAUAUUAAACAUUAUUAAGCAAUACUCUCAUUUAAAAUAUGGCGGUCUGGAUCAAUCGCUCGAAGGAAUUAAAAUACUCAACUACUUAAAAGAAAAUCAUAAUUUUGAAUUAGAAAACAUUAAAAAUAAUAAUAAUAAUAAUAAUAAUAAAAUUCUUAAUAAAAUACAAAGUGAAUACAAUCUUUUAACAAACCACAAAAUAGAUUCCAAUGACUUUGGCUCAAUUUUAAAUGAAAUCAAGUCCUAUGUAUUCGAUGAAGAUCAACUUCAAUCAAAUGUACUUACAAUUUUAUCAAUAAUAAACUAUAUAAUAAAUGAUAAUAGCACAGUAGUCACCACUAACUCUUACAACUCUUACAACUCUUUCAACUCUUACAACUCACCUACCUUAACCAAUUCUAUAAAUGAUACAAAUAAUAAAAUGGUUCAUGAUGAAUUAAAACAAGAUUUAAAACCACUUUAUGAUGAUUUAAAUAGUUUAAGAUUAAUAAUAGGCUCAAUUAAAUCAAUUAAAGUAUUCAUUUUUUAUUACAAUAACUAUAACGAAAUCCUUUUCCAUCAAAAUAAUAAUCAAAAUUGGCAGUUUAUUUCAAAUAUAGAAGUUUUAGAAUACUAUGAGAAUUUAAUGAAAUGCCUUAGAAAACAAUUCACAAUAGAGCAAAGCUUAAUACCCAACGAAUCAAUAUCAGACAGCUCAAACAUUAACAUUGUAUAUUUGUUUUAUAGAGGUAUGACAGAUACAAGAAACUUAUAUAGAUUUGGUGAAAAAUUCAAAAUGGAAGGAUUUAUUAAUCACUUUUCGACGCUUAUUAAACUAAGAAAACAAGAUAUUAUACUGUCACUUAUCAAUCUAUUCAUAUUUAAAGAUUUUAGAAUACCAUAUUACAAUGAAAAAGAUGUACCAAUAAAGAUUAUUCAAUGGCUAAUCGAAAAUUGUAGCAUAAAAGAUCAAAACAGAAUAUUAUCAACGGAUUUCACCUAUCGAUAUUAUUACCAAGACCCUUUAGUUCGAUUUUAU